AUGACUUUGAAUACGAUAGAUAUUGAUAAAUUGAAUAAUGAAGGGGAUGAUUUAGACGUACAUGAGGAAUUAGACAUGGAGGAGCUUGAGUUGGAUGAUGAAUUGGACGAUGAGUUAGAAAUUGACGAUACUGUUGGAGAAUUGGAAGAUCAGGAUAUAGUCAAUUAUACAGGUGAUGAGAUACAGGAUAGUCCAAUUAUCAGAAAACUCAGUAAGACAGAUGCAAAUUCCUUCGUUGGAGGUGAUAAUUCCAAAGAUUCCACCAAUAAGAAGGUGUUCUCUUUCCAAUUGCCCUUUGGGUCCAAUUUCAAGUUCAAAAUGCCUACUUUACCCUUAAACAUCCCCAAUAUCAAUUUACCUAUAAGUAUUUUCAAAGAUGAAUCUGACCCUAUAAUGGAUGACAUUAAGUUAAGAUUAUCAAGACAACAAUCGGUAAAUACAUUGGAUGAAGCUGCGUUCUUCAAACAAUAUAAGGGAAGAGGAGAGGUUAGAAUGAGGGCUGUUAAGCAUAGUUUAACCACUAAAUACAAUGAAUUGAUAUCCAAUUCACCAUUAGUUUCCAACGCCAUUCCUGAUUAUGAAUCAAUUUAUUCUAAGUUUGACGGAAACAUAGUGAUAUUGGGAGGUUAUAGAGGGUCCAUUUUACGAGAUACCAAAACAGGUAAAAGAUUAUGGAUCCCGUUGAAGGCGGGAUUUCAUUUGAGGAAGAUAAAUCUUCUUCUUGGACCUAAGAAGGAAGACGAGUUGAAUGCACCAGACACUAUCUACCCUGAUGGUGUCUUAAAGAAUAUAGGACCUAUUGAUUUGUGUAAAUCUUUCAUUAAGAAGUUACAUAAUGGGAAAACCAACGUUUAUGAGUUUGGGUAUGAUUGGAGGUUGAGUGGAGAUAUUUCGGGUCAAAAGCUUGUAGAUUAUUUACAAGAGAUUCAUGAUAAAUCAGGCAAACCUACUCUCGUUAUUGCUCAUUCUAUGGGAGGUUUAAUAACUCACUAUGCUGUUCAAAAACGACCGGAUUUAUUCCGAUCAGUUAUCUAUUGUGGGGUUCCAUCAGAAUGUUUGAAUAUUCUAGGUCCGAUUAGAUCUGGAGAUGCUGUUCUAUUCUCCGAUAAAAUCUUGACAGCUGAAGUUAACUUUAUGAUGAGAUCAAGUUUUAUAUUUUUGCCCUUAUCGGGAAUGGUUUUUUAUAACAGAGAUACUCAUGAACCUUAUGUGCUUGAUUUAUUUGAUCCUGAUACUUGGGUUCAAUACAAUUUGAAUCCUUUGGUAGCCAAGGACAGACUUUUAAAGAAACCUUCUACUAGUUAUUUCCUGAGAUUUAAAUCCAUGAUGGAUUCCAUCCCUUUGAGGUCAAAUUCUUCUUCACCUCCUACAGAAAAUCUAUACAAAUCACCAAGUUCUCCCAAAUCCCAAUUCUUCCCUAGAUCUUUAUCACCUAGAGGACGGUCUCCCACUUCAAAGAUCAAAGCAUUGGCAUCCGCAGCUACUUCAACUACUUUGAAUUCCACAGGUUCUUCUGCUACAUUGAAUAAUGCCAAUUCUCCACCGAAGAGCACCACUUUACCUGUGAGCCAAACUCAACCCAAUCCUAUGGGAUCCUCAGGGUCUCCUAAAGCCGAUGAUGAUUAUGCCAUCACUUUCGAAGAAGCAUACAAUUAUCUUUCAGAAACAUUGACCAAUACCAAAAAGUUCAUUGAAGGAUUAGAUUAUAGACCGGAGCUAGAAUCGAAAUAUCCACCUAUGGCCAUAGUCUAUGGUAACGCUGUACCAUCUGUUCGUGGAUCUAAUGUUCUGUCCCCCCAAGAUAUUGUUGAAGGUCGAUACUGGGAUUUUUUCUAUGGCCAUGGAGAUGGGGUUGUUCAUCAGAAAUGGUUAAUGCCUGAACGUAAGGGAUUCGAAGUGUUUGAUGAAGACACUGGAAAAGGCCAAAUAGUAGGUAAAUUCGCUACUAAAUGUGGUCACGUAGACUUGAUGACCGAUCUCGAUGUCAUGGGUAAAGCUUUGAACUCAGUUUACCAAGCAGAGAAAGUUUGGCCUCAGAGAACUCAAUUAUCAAAAGAUAUGUAA